AUGUGGAAUACUGUAGUGCUGCUGUUGGUGGUACGCAUGGUGCGGAUCGAAGCGGAAGAUGUGAACUCGGACCUGCUGCGCACCAUGUUCAGCUACAUGGACUUGGAGCAGCCGCCGUGUGAACGCUUCUAUGAGUAUGCCUGCGGCAAUUGGGAACGGCAGCAGGGUGAGAACAGCAGCAACAGCUACGUGGACGUCAUUGGCAGUUUGGAGUACAACGCCAAUCGGCAACUAGCGGAGCUAAUAGAGGAGCGAGCCCGGGCGCACAAGAUCGAAACGCUGCCGUUGUACGCGAAAGUGCGCGUCUACUACGAGACCUGUCUUGAGAACAGCAUCCAAGCUGGACAGGAGCUGGAGCGCUACCUGGAGCUUUUAAAGCCGGCGCACAAUGUGGAGUGGCCGGUGGUUGGGGCUACAGCGGAUACGGCCAACAUUGCAUACUUCCGCUGGACCCACACAUUGGGGCGUCUCCGCGCCAUUGGACUGAAUGAUGUGCUGAUGCAACUGAAACUGGAGAAUCGUAAUGCCAGUUCGUACAUUCUACAAUUGGGCCGACCAACUCACAUGUCUUGGGACAAGCAUGCGCAGCAGGAGCUGUCUUUGCUACAACCGGCUGCGCUGGCCGAUCAAGUAAAACAGCUGAACCACAAGCUACAGCAACUAUGGCGCAGCACAUCUGCAUCGCAGCCCCUAACCGAGUUGAGUCUGAGCGAGCUACAGCAUCGGCUGCCAAUGCUGGAUGUGAGCGACUAUCUGAAGCAGCUUUAUGGUGCACCACUGCCCCCAGAAACGCCCAUUCUGGUGCGUAGUCUAAGCUAUUUGCGCAAGUUGUCCGACCUGCUAAGUAAAACCUCUUCGGAGACCAUAUUGCAUCUGCUGCGCCUCCAGCUACUCGUUUAUCUGAGACGCGAGCAGCCACGCAGCAAUACACCUGAGCACUGUGUGGGACAUCAGCGCGGACUCAUGUCGUUGGCUUUAGAUUACAUAAAUGAGAGAGAGCGCUAUCGUUAUGUCCGUCAGGAGACGGAUGCAGUCAUUAAUCGCAUUUUUAAAAGCAUACAGAGCAAAUUCAUUGAGUUCCUCGAAGAACACACUGCGGAUUUAAAUGAGGAAGAGCUUGAAUUUCUGCAAAAAAAGAUGCAGCACAUGCAGCUGAACAUUGGUAAUCUACCCAAGGGUGUGAAUGCCGACUAUUAUUCCGAAUACUAUGCCGGCUUGGAUGUGCUACCGGGAUACUUUCAAUGGAAUCACUUGAACGCCCUGCAACAUCGCGUGUUCCGGGAACUGCAGCGGCUGCUCCUACCGUCCACGGCGCCGGAGCACAGCUUCAAUAUGUGGCCGUAUGGAUCGCCGGCAUAUGACCAGCAAAGGAAUCGUCUCCUCAUUCCACAUGCAUAUUUGCAAUUACCUAUUUUCCAUCGGAAAUUCCACGAACUGUUUCUCUAUGCCGAGUUGGGCAACACCCUGGGACAUGAGAUCAUGCAUGCCUUCGAUCCCAUUGGUCUGCAGUACGAUGCCGAUGGCGCACCUAGCAUGCUCUUCAUGGACGCUGUGCGGAGAAAAGAACACUUGCUCAACGCCCUUCGAUGUUUGAGUCGCAAUCCCACCUCUAAUCUAAAUGAAAAGUUGGCGGACUUUAGCGGCUUUCGGCUGGCCUACGAAUCGCACUUUGGGCGCCACGGCUUGGUGCCCAAGUUUCGAGCCGAGGGUCUGGAGGAGGCGAAUGGACUAACCAAUCAACAGCUCUUCUUCAUCAAAUUCGCUCAGUUCUUUUGCGCCGUCAGUCCGCAACGUAUUGUCUAUGACAGUAGCCAUGACACACCCUUCGAACGGGUGCCUCAGACCUUGGCUAAUCAUGUGGCAUUUGCCCGAGAGUUUAACUGUGGUGUCCACUCUCGCAUGUAUGUGAACGCUUCGCAGCGCUGUAUAGUGUGGUAGGCCCUUCUAUUUGUAAAUAGAUAUAAUAACAAUAAUAAUGCAUGGAUAUUUAUUGCACAUAGUCUGCAAA